GCAGUAAUAGUGCCUUACAGUGGUAUCACCAGUGCUUAAAUUUGGAAUUAUUAUUAUUACAUAUUACUAUCACCAAAAUGAAGCCGAUUAUUGCUUUUGUUGGUGUUUUACUCUCAGUUGCAUUGGUGGACUGCCAAUCAACUGGAGAGCCUAUACCAAUUUUAAAAUUCGAAAAUGAGGGACCUAAUCCUGAUGGAUCAUAUAAAUGGAGUUAUGAAACUGGGAACGAAAUAACCGCUCAAGAAGAAGGCCAUGUGAAAAACGCAGGAAAUGAAGAAACUGAAGCAAUGGAAGCUCAAGGAUCAUAUUCGUACACAGCUCCUGAUGGAACAAAAAUUAGUUUGCAGUACAUUGCAAACGAAGACGGUUUCCAACCGGUUGGGGAACAUUUGCCGACGCCGCCACCAAUUCCCGAAGCCAUCAUGCGAGCGCUUGAAUGGAACGCUGCUCACCCUGAGGAGGAAAAAGAAGGAGCUGCUUCUAACUUCAUACCUGUGUACAAAGCGUACAAUAGGAGGUUUUAGUGUGUAGUGGAUGAGUAGAUGAAGUUGAUAUACAUAUUUUAA